AUGUCGUCGGAUUCUACGCCACCGGCGCUGGAUGGCCUCAGCCUGCGCGACGCCGUACAGGAGUCGCAGUUUUCCCAGCGCGUCCUAAUCCAAUCCAUUUUGGGUAGACCCGACAAGGGCGCCGGGUUGGCCGGUCAAAAGCUCCGGAUCGGAGGAUGGAGAAGUCGUUGCAACUGGCACCUGCGUGCACGUCGAGGGCUUGCUCAAGUCGCCGCCGGAGGGGGUGAAGCAAAGCAUCUAGCUGGAGGUGGAGAGGAUAUGGUUAUCACGACUAGUGAUUGUGAAGGUGCUGGUGAGAUGUUUCAAGUCACAACCAUUAUCAGUGAUGUGGAGAAAGAAGGAUCUGAAACUGACACAGAGGCUGCCAAGCUUGUUGUCAAGGAGAAAGGAGAAGCAGUGGCCCAGCUAAAGUCUGCUAAGGCAAGCAAGCAAGAGAUUGCUGUGGCCGUUGCUGAACUCACUAAGGCCAAAGAGAACCUUGCGAAGUUAGAUGAGAGCUUGCUGAGAGACGUAGACUUGGUGGUGGUUUUCCCAAGAAGGACGGGAAAAUUGAUUAUGCAGAGGACUGACUUUUUUGCUAGGCAAGCGUUUUUGACUGUGUCAGGACAACUGCAGGUAGAAACAUAUGCAUGUGCCCUCAGUAGUGUGUAUACCUUUGGUCCAACAUUUCGUGCAGAAAACUCCCACACUUGCAGACAUCUUGCUGAAUUUUGGAUGGUUGAGCCUGAAAUAGCAUUUGCCGAUAUACAGGACGAUAUGAACUGCGCAGAGGCAUAUGUGAGAUUCCUUUGCCAGUGGUUACUUGACCAUUGCUAUGAUGAUAUGGAGUUCAUGACCAAAUUCAUUGACAAAACUGCCCUCCAAAGACUUGAAAUGGUUGCAAAAUCCAAGUUCCACAGAAUAACCUAUAUUCUUGAGGAAGCAGCUAAGGUCAGGAAAUUUGAGAACAAAGUUGAAUGGGGAAUUGAUUUGAGAACAAAGUUUUCAGAAUUGUAA